AUGGCUCGUCUAAGUUUGUCCACAAAGAGAAGACUACUUGUCACCAUAAAUGCAUUGCUUGCCUUCCUUCGAGUACUAUUUGCUGUAUGUGCUGCUGGUUAUACCUAUGUCAACUUAGCUGUAAAGAAACACCGUCAACCAAGUCGACCCUUAGCCAUAAGAGUCUAUAAACAAGUAGAGUACUUGUAUACACUAGUUUAUUGGAGUGAUGCUAUAUGUAUCGACCAACUACGAAUGGAUAGACAAUCAUUUCAUAAGUUGUGUCGAAUUCUCAUCAAUAAAGGCCAAUUAAGACCAACCCGAAAUGUGUCUAUAGAGGAGAUGGUAGCAAUGUUCUUAAAUAUUCUUGAACACCACAAGAAGAAUCGUAGCAUAGCCUUGUAUUUUACUAGGUCGGGGCGAACUGUUAGUAAAUACUUUCACGAGUGUUUGAAAGCCAUGAUUCGAUGCCAAAAAGACUUCUGGAAAACACCUGAACCUGUACUUGAGGACUCAACAGACAGUAGGUGGAAAUGGUUUAAGAAUUGCUUAGGAGCAUUAGAUGGAACACAUAUUAGGGUGAAAGUGUCAGAACGAGACAAGCCAAGAUAUAGAACAAGGAAAUGUGAGAUAGCAACUAAUGUUUUAGGGGUUUGCUCUCAAGACUUGAUGUUUAUAUAUGUUUUACCGGGAUGGGAGAGUUCUGCACAUGAUGCUCGUGUUCUAAGAGAUGCUGUGAGUAGGAGAAAUGGAUUAAAAGAUCCUAACGGUUGUUACUAUUUAGUAGAUGCUGGCUACACCAAUGGAAAUGGCUUUCUUGCACCUUUUAGAGGACAGCGUUAUCAUCUAAAUGAUUGGAGAGAUGGAUACCGACCUGAGACGGCAGAGGAAUUUUUUAACAUGAAACAUUCAAGUGCUCGGAAUGUUAUUGAGAGGAGUUUUGGUUUACUGAAAAUGUGUUGGGCAAUUCUUAGGAGUCCAUCAUUUUAUGAUAUUACAACACAACGUCGUAUAAUAUCUGUGUGUUGCAUGCUCCAUAAUUUUAUUAGAAGAGAGAUGGCUAUAGAUCCUAUAGAAGAAGCAUUCGAUAAUCAGCCGGUAGCUGCAAUUGAGAACUUGGAAGAUGAUGACUAUGUUAAUAUAAAGGAAGAUGAUGUAUUGGUCAGUUCUUUAUUGGAACUCUACCAUGAUCCUAAGUGGCGUGCGGAUACUGGCUUCAAAAAUGGUUACUUGCAGAAAUUACAAGAUAUGAUAGAAGCCAAACUUCCAAACUGUGGGAUAUUGGCAAAUCCACACAUUGAAUCAAGAAUAAAGACAUUGAAAGGGAAAUAUGUUGCAUUAAGCGAAGCAUUAUCUCAGAGUGGUUUUGGAUGGAAUGAAGAAGCAAUGAUGUUGGAUUGUAAAAGAAGUAACAAAAAGGAUGCAAAAGGUUUGUAUGGUAAACCAUUUGAACAUUAUUAUGCCCUUGGAGAGAUAUAUGGAAAAGAUCGUGCAAUGGGAACAAAUGCUGGAAAUGCGGAAGAUGAUGAAGAAGAAGUUAGGGAAGAGGAUGCAAGCAUGAAUCAAGAAGGUGUACGAGCUGAUGACUUUUUUGAACAAAUGAACAUGACUACUGAUGGUGGAUCUCAAAAGGCAAGAGCUUUGGAUGAUAUGGCUAAAAAAUUUGGAGUGAUCACUGAAGCCAUUGCAGGAAUGGCUCCAAAGUUUGAAGGCUUGAUUAAUGUUCUCUCAACAGAUAAGGAUCUUGCUGAUAUGCAAGGCAAACUUGGUGGUGAGCUGAGGAAAAUGGAUUUUCUAUCUCCAUUGCAGGUAUUUCACGUUACCAACAAAUUAGCUAAAGAGCAUGACUUGUUAAGGGUCUUCUUCACCAUGACUGAUGAGGAAAAGAAGGAUUACAUAAUCAACCUUCUGCAAUAUGGCCUACAGUGA